CCAUAUCUAUCUGGCUUAUCUUGAACCAAGACACAUAAUUUAACACGCGCAUUGUCCAGUGUUCCAGAUAAUACACAAGGCGAGAAAACAGCCACACAACAGUUGCAAUGUUCCUCGUCCUUCUCUGUCUCUCCAUCAGCGUGACGCUCAGCGCGUCCUGUGACAAGGGCUUUGUUCAGUAUGGUAGUUCCUGCUACAUCGUCCUCCCUGAGACCGGCACCUGGCUCACUGCAAUGGAGUACUGCAAGGCGUUCGGUAUGAGCUUGACCAUUGUUCAGAGUGCUGACGAGAACAAGUUCCUCCAAGACUACCUCUACACACACAGAGGUACUUAUAAUAAAGCUCAGGACUUUUGGACAGCGGGGACCAACAUGAUGUCGACCGAGUGGGCGUGGGCAGGGACGGAUGAGGAGAUUGAGACGUUCUUCUGGGGCCCAGGGGAACCGAACAACUUGGGCAGCGGCGAACGAUGUCUGUCAUUCUAUGCAAGGGCCAAUUUCACGUGGGACGACGAGCACUGCACGUACAGCGGUUACCCGUUGUGUGAGAAACAGUGAGUGUAGCGCGUCCUAUGCCGUUCAAUUC